AUGGCCUCCAGAGGCAACAACAAGUUCGUGACGCUAAUGAAGACCGCAGUCGGGCUGGCGAUCGGCGCCGACGGGAUCGAGGUCACCCUGCUGAGCUACCUCGUGCCGUGCGUCGCCGCGGAGUGGGGGCUGACGAGCUUCCAGCAAGGGUCCCUCACCGCGAGCGUCUUCGCUGGCGAGUUGGUGAGAGGAUGUUUCCAACCAACAUGUUGGCAGAGCUACAUAAAUAUGUAG